AUGCCUUAUGCUGGUUCCAACUGUAAUGGAAAAAUCUGGUUCUUUGUUCAACAUAAUGUAGAUGUUGAGAUUCUAUUGGAUACUGAGCAAUCUAUUACUGUAAAGCUGCAGUUCCAAGAUUAUAGUAAGGAUAUGGUGGUCACAAUGGUGUAUGCUAAAUGUUCUGAAGUGGAGAGACUGCAGUUGUGGGACAAUCUAUACCUCUUAGCUAGUAAUAUGACAUCUCUCUGGCUGGUUGGUGGAGACUUCAAUGUUUUAUUGAAUCAAGAAGAAAAAAUAAGAGGUCAACCAGUUUGGCCACAAGAAUAUGAAGAUUUUGCCUUUUGUUUGAAUUCUUGUGAACUACAUGAGAUUCCUUUCAAAAGGAGUCCUUUCACUUGGUGGAAUGGUAGGGCUGCUAAUGACUGUAUAUUUAAGAGAUUGGAUAGGAUGCUUUAUAAUGAUAUCUUUCAGAAUUGGUUUGGACAAUUAGAAGCGGAACAUUUGUUAAGGACUAGUUCUGAUCAUGCACCAUUACUUCAAUGGGAUACAGUCUUAACUGAUGAUGCAUUUCUGUCAUUUAAGCUCAAGAUGAAGAAACUGAAAACUGCCUUAAGUACUUGGAGUAAGACGACUUUUGGGGACAUUUUUAAACAGCUUGUUAUAAGAGAGGAAAUAGUUAAGAUUAAAGAGCAGCUGUUUGAAGAAAAUCCAUCAGAAGAAAAUAGAAUGGUCAUGCAAAGGGCACAGGCAGAACUUAAACUAUAUCUUCAUUAUGAGGAAGAAUUCUUGAGGCAAAAAGCCAGGAUGGACUGCUUUUCUGAAGGUGACAAGAAUACAAGAUAUUUCCAUAGCCUGGUAAAAGGAAGAAGAAAGAGAAUUCAGAUCAGGAGGAUAAAAGAUAAUUAUGGUAAUUGGCUUGAGGAUGUUGAUAGUGUUGCUGCACAAGCUGUCAAUUUUUUCCACAAGCAAUUUACUCAUGAGGAGAUGGCUGUAUUUGAAUUAAAUGGAGAUAGUUCCUGUGGUCCUGAUGGUUUUUCUGGUAUAUUUUAUCAAAAGUGUUGGGAGGUGAUAAAGGCAGAUGUAUAUAGUGUGGUUAAAGCUUUCUUUGAAGGACAAACUCUUCCAAAAUCAAUAACUCACACACAUCUGGUUUUACUGCCAAAGAAGAAUGUUGUUGAAACAUUCUCUGAUAUGAGGCCUAUAAGUCUUAGUAAUUUUAUCAAUAAGGCACAUGGUUUCUUUCAUUCUACAAGGGGUUUCAAGCAAGGAGAUCCAAUUUCUCCUGCUCUCUUCAUCAUUGCUGCAGAAGUUCUUUCAAGGGCCUUAAAUUCUUUGUUUGAUCAGUCUAGUUUUGUGGGAUAUGGGAUGCCAAAGUGGAGUGCUGAUCUGAAUCAUCUGGCAUAUGUAGAUGAUACAAUCAUUUUCUCAUCAGCUGAUAGCCAAUCUUUGCAGAUGAUCAUGGACAUUCUUCAGGAAUAUGAGAAAGUAUCUGGACAGAUGAUAAAUAAGAGAAAAAGUUCUUUCUAUUUGUUCAGCAAGGUAUCACAGGAGUUAAGUGAGCAGGUAGAAACAAUAACAGGAUUUGUGAGAGGACACUUUCCUUUUACAUAUCUUGGAGUUCCCAUUACUCAUGCCAGAAAAAGGAAGGUGGAUUAUACUGAAUUAUUGAAGAAAAUCAAAGACAGGUUACAAACUUGGAAGGGCAAGUUACUAUCCUAUGGAGGAAAAGCAGUGUUGAUCACUAGUGUGAUUCAAAGUAUUCCAAUUCAUGUUUUAUCUGCUAUAAGACCUCCUAAAUGUGUUAUAAAGGAACUACAUAGGAUCUUUGCCGGGUUCUUUUGGAAUAAUAAGGAGGAUGGAAGAUGCAGACACUGGGCAGCUUGGUUAAACAUGUGCAUUCCCAAACAUGAAGGUGGUUUGGGUUUCAAGUCUAUCUAUGACACAUCCAAAGCUCUAUGUGCUAAACUCUGGUGGAAGUUUAGAACCACUAGCUCUCUUUGGGAUAAUUUCAUGUGGAAUAAAUACUGUAAAAAACAAAUUCCUCAAGUGGUUCAAUGGAAGGAAGGGUCACAAGUCUGGAAGAUGAUGUUGGAGGCAAGGGAAAGUAUAGAACAGGAAAUAUGGUGGGAGCCAAAGAUUGGAAGUUCAAACAUUUGGUUUGACAAUUGGACUAAGCUAGGUGCUCUUAAUUAUGUGGUUCCUCAGUCCUGGCAAAUCAAUGAGCAGGUUGAAGAUGUUUCAGAACUUAUGACAGAUGGAAAAUGGAAUAUCAGCAAACUAAUGCAGCUGUUUCCUGAGGAUAUUGUGCAGCAUAUAAUUCAGGAAAUUGACAUUAAGUAUGCAUCAAAUGAAUGGGAUAGACCUUGGUAG